AUGCCAAACGAAGAAGAAGAAGAAGUGGUCGCCCGUAAGUUGGCGGGGGGAGAGGCGAGGCCGUCGCGCAGGGCGUCGCGGGUGAGCCUGGGGCGCUGAAGGGAUGGGCCCGCGUCUGGGCUUGAGCCCGCCGGUGGCGGCCGGGGCAAGCGGUCAUGCGGCAGGCGCCCGGCGCCCCUCGAAUCCCUAAGCUGGGCCGAUGGGACGUGAUCUCCCAGCUACACCGAAAGCUCACGUUCGCCCCAGCCGGAGCCGGCAGCCCAAUGGAUAACCUUCCGCCGGGCCUCGUCAACCGCGGCCAGAACCUCUGCUUCGCCAUCUCGUCGCUGCAGUGCCUCUUCCGCACGCCGGAGAUGGCGGGCCUUCUGCAGGAGUGGGUGCAGAACAGCAACCUCAUCAUGGCCGCAAGCGAGGAGGACUUCCUCUGGAGCUACCUCAAGCUACACGUGGAGUGCGUCGCCAGGAACCUGCAGCCUGCGACGCAGGACAACUUCUUCCGGCUCUGCCGCGUCUUCAUGCCGCAGCUGGUGUCCAGCUCGUCCUACACGCAGGAGCAGCAGGACGCAGCCGAGUUCGCGAUGAAGCUCCUCAACGUGCUGCACAAGAUACUCAACAGCCGGCGACCGCGCAACAGGGCCGGCCAGGCCAACGGCAGCGGGUCGGCCGAGCACAACUCCGAGAACUUCCAGGUGUCCAUCUCGACGCUCAACAAGCGCUGCGUCGACCGCAUCCUCGAGGUGGCCUACAAGGGCUGGCAGGCCUACGAGCGCGGCAACGACUCGCCCAUCGUGCACCUCUUCACCGGCCAGACGUCGGACAUCACCCAGUGCACCUCCUGCCUCAAGACCAGCAUACGCACGCAGGAGUACAACGUGCUGCCCAUCCCCAUCGAGCCACGCGACCGGAGGGACAGCAACGGUGCAAGGAUCGUGGUGCGUCUCUACGACCUGCUCGUGUCCUACACCGAGGCCAAGCGCACGGACAACCGCGAUGCCGACAACGAGAUCGAGCUGCAGACGGGGCCCAUCUGCAACCUGGCCGCCCACACGAGCUGGCUCCAUCGCACCAUGAUCUCGCAGGCGCCCCCCGCAAUCGUGCUCCAGCUGCUGCGCUUCCAAUUCGACAGCGCGGCGGGCCAGACCCGCAAGAUUCGCGACCCCAUCAAGAUUCCCAGCGCCAACAUGUGCUUGCCCAAUGGCUCGGGCACCUGGCCCCAGUACAAGCUGUACGGCAUAGUGGCCCACAUCGGUACGCGCUCGACGCAGGACGGUCACUACAUCGCCUACGCCGAGGACCAGGCGUGCGGCAAGUGGUACCGGUUCGACGACGAAGCGGUAACCCCAAUAUCAGACAUCGACGAGGAACUUGCCAAGCCUUUCCUAAUGGAGAACGCCUACCUGUUGUUCUACAAAAAGACGUGAUGUUGAAACGUGCAGCGCGUUGCUCCGUUGUCCCAUGAACCGUUCCUUGUGGUGCCCUUUGGCAAACAUUUGGCACUGGCUUGACCUAAAACCGACAAGCAGCCAUGAAAUUCUGCGCCCUGCGUUUACGACAACAAGGGAUCUACGUCUUACUCUGACAAGGCCACCGCCAUUCGGGGGGCGUAGCUUCGGCCUUCCCUUUCCCUCAACAUUGUGCGACCCCACCCCCUGCCCCCGUCUGGCGGCACGUUGACGGUCCAAGGAUCCCUCAUUAUAUUCAAAAUCCUCUGCGCGGAAGACGAGACGUUGAUCCUGGGAGGACAUUGCUUGUGGAGAAAGCCUCUCGUAAUCAGCAGCAGAAGCGAUUGAUAAAAUUAUAGUGCGAAAUUUUACUUCUGCGUUGUUGCAGGUGCAUUAUCGCGGUCUGUGUGGCUUGCGAAGUGAAUUUUGAUCACAGCAGAACAGUUGAUGCACUUUCCACUUCACGUUUCCAUGUAUGAAAAUCGUAAAAGAAAACGUGCGAAUGAAGUCUA